UUUGCAGAGCGUCACUUGUUCUGUCCCUGACCUUGUGCUUUUAUUUUGAAGACGACGUCACCACACUUCCGCUAACUAGCUUACCGGAGCUUGACGUCGCCUGUGUCGGUGGUUCUCCGGUUGCCGCCGCCGCCGACGCCGCUGAGCUGUUUUUAUGACAGCCAGGCUGCAGCUCUCUGCGCUCCGUGACAGCUUCCCUCGUUUUCGGCCGAAAAAAUGACUUCCGUGCGGGUUUUUUAGGGACUUCGCGUUGUUUCGUCACCACCUGAAGCCGCCCGGACGGAGCCGCUGACUUGUCACCAUGAGAAGUCGGAGCAACUCGGGCGUCAAACUGGACAACUAUGCCCGGAUAGUGCAGCAAACUAUCCUGCGGCACCAAGAUCCAGUGACCGGUCUUCUUCCAGGCAGCCCGGAUCAGCCGGACGCCUGGGUCAGAGACAAUGUUUACAGCAUCGUGUCGGUGUGGGCCCUCAGCCUGGCCUACAGGAAGAACGCCGACAGGGACGAGGACAAGGCCAAGGCCUACGAGCUGGAGCAGAGUGUGGUGAAGCUCAUGAGAGGUGUCCUGCAGUGCAUAAUGAGGCAGCUGGAUAAGGUGGAGAAGUUCAAAUACAGCCGAAGCACCUCCGACUCGCUCCACGCCAAGUACAACCCCAGGACCUGCGCGACCGUCGUCAAGGACGACGAGUGGGGUCACCUGCAGGUGGACGCCACCUCGCUCUUCCUCUUCUAUCUCGCUCAGAUGACAGCGUCCGGCCUUCACAUCGUCUACACCCAAGAUGAAGUGGACGUGGUUCAGAAUCUCAUGUUCUACAUCGAGGCAGCUUAUAAAGUGGCUGAUUAUGGGAUGUGGGAACGUGGAGACAAAACCAACCAGGGCAUCACUGAGAUCAACGCCAGCUCCAUCGGCAUGGCCAAGGCAGCUCUGGAGGCUUUGGAUGAAAUCAACCUGUUUGGAGCAAAAGGAGGACCUGGAUCGGUGGUCCACGCUCUGGCUGAUGACAUCCAGCACUGCCAGUCCAUCCUGACGUCCAUGUUGCCCAGAGCCUCCAUCUCCAAAGAGGUGGACGCCGGCGUCCUGUCCAUCAUCUCGUAUCCGGCCUUCGCUGUGGAGGACAUCAGCAUCGUGAACCUGACCAAGGAGGAGAUCAUCUCCAAGCUGCAGGGUCGAUACGGCUGCUGCAGGUUUCUCAGAGACGGACACAAAACGCCUAAAGAGGAUCCCAACCGACUGUAUUACGAGUCUGCAGAGCUGAAGCUCUUUGAGAACAUCGAGUGUGAGUGGCCUCUGUUCUGGACCUACCUCAUCCUGGAUGGCAUUUUCAUCAACAGCCCUGAGCAGGUGCAGGAGUACCAGGAGGCUCUGGAGGGCAUCCUGAUCAAACAGAAGGACGGGAUCCGCCUGGUGCCGGAGCUCUACAGCGUUCCUGCAGACAAGGUGGAGGAGGAGUACAGUAACCCUCACUCAGUGGAGAGAGUGCCGAUGGGCAAGUGUCCUCUGAAGUGGGCUCAGUCUCUGUACAUCCUGGGAAACCUUCUGUCCGAGGGGUUUCUGGCUCCCGGAGAGAUCGACCCUCUGAACCGACGUUUCUCCACCGUCCCCAAACCUGACGUGGUCGUACAAGUGUCGGUCCUGGCAGAGACCGAGGAGAUUAAAGAGCUGCUGAUGAAGAACGGCAUCGACGUGGAGACGGUGGCCGACAUCCAUCCCAUCCACGUGCAGCCCUCCAGGGUCCUCAGUCACAUCUACGCCCGACUCGGUCGCAACCCGAGGCUGGGUCUGACAGGUCGGCCCUACAGGAGGAUAGGAGUCCUGGGAACCUCCAAGUUCUACAUCAUCAGAAACACCAUCUUCACAUUCACACCUCAGUUCAUCGACCACCAGCAGUUCUACAUGGCGCUGGACAACAAAAUGAUCGUGGAGAUGCUGCGGACAGAAAUCGCCUACCUCGCGUCCAGAUGGAGGAUGACCGGACGGCCAACCGUCACUUUCCCCAUUUCGCAGACGAUGCUGACUGAAGAUCACACAGACCUGGACCCUGCAGUCUUGGCGACGCUGAAGAAGCUACAGGAUGGGUACUAUGGAGGAUCAAGGAUCCAGACGGGGAAGCUGUCGGAGUUCCUGACCACUUCCUGUUUCGCUCACCUCAGCUUCCUGGACGGUAAGGGUUCUGGCAGCAUGGGUCGCCACGACGACGAGUAUGAUGAUGAUGAUGAUGACGCCGAUGGAUACGUGCAUGAGUUACGCUGUGAUGAUGAGGCUGAUGACCUUGCUCAGUACCUGGACCACCUGUUGGCCCACGCUGCUCCCAAGAAGCCCAAAAUCCAGAAGGGAGGUCUGGGCAGGUUCAAGGCUGUCGCCACUAAAACCAAGGAGAUGGUGUCUCUGAAGAACAAGGCUCAGGGCCUCAACGUGCAGAACGUCAACAUGUACCUGUCGAACAAGCUGUUUCAUUCUCCUCAGCCGUCGCUCAACUUGAAUCUCCCAGACUCGUCUGCACCGCAGCAAUCUCAGGGUCCAGAGGUGACGGUCACGUCAGAGAGCGGGAUCCCCAGAGAUGCCAGCGGCGCCAUCGACUACAGCACUUUGGCCCAGCUGCUGAAAGACACACAAAGUCUCCAGGACCAGGCCGAUAUCCUUUACAUCCUCUUCAAGGACAAGGGUAUGGACUGGGACACCCAGCUGCACGGUAAGGGCACCACAGUGAGAUCUCUGCUGACCGACCUGUACGAGAAGGCGGGCGAACUCAAGCACUGGGGCCUCAUCAGGAUGAUCUCCGGCAUGCUGAAGAAGAAGGUGGAGGAACUCGACUCGGCCUGUUCUGAUUUGCUGGCCCACCAGAAGCACCUGACGGUCGGUCUGCCUCCUGAACCGAGAGAGAAAACCAUCACGGCUCCGAUCCCCGCGGACCAGCUGGCUGCCCUCAUCGACGAGGCCAGCGACGGCAACAUCAGCGUCGCCAUUCUCACUCAGGAGAUCAUGGUGUACCUGGCUAUGAGCAUCAGGACUCAGCCCAAUCUGUUCAGCGAGAUGUUCAGGCUGCGUAUCGGACUCAUCAUCCAGGUCAUGGCCACCGAACUGGCUCAGUCCCUCAACUGCUCAGGAGAGGAGGCCACAGAGAGUCUGAUGAGUCUCAGUCCGUCUGAGCUGAAGAACCUUCUUCACCACAUCCUCAGUGGGAAGGAGUUUGGAGUUCAGCGCAGCGUGAGAGAGUUGGACGCCGGCGUCAGUCCUGCCAUCUCCAUCCAUCAUCUGGGCAACGUCGGCGCCACCAAAAGCGAGAGAGCCGGCAUCAGCAAACUGAAGAGCGACAUGAAGAUGCUCGACCAGCCGAUGGCUUCCUUCAGAAAGGGUGGGCGAUCUCAGUCACUGGACAUAGAAAACAUCGAGUCUGGGAGGUACCGGCUGCCGUCCAUAGAGUCCCUCGAUAUUCCAGAGAGCAUCCCGGUCGCCAAGGAUACCAGACACGGCCAAUGGCUGCGCAGGAGGCGACUGGAUGGAGCGUUGAACCGAGUGCCGAUCGGGUUCUACCAGAAAGUCUGGAAGAUCCUGCAGAAGUGUCACGGUUUGUCCAUAGAGGGAUUCGUCCUUCCUUCUUCAACCACCAGAGAGAUGACCCCAGGAGAGAUCAAGUUCUCCGUCCACGUGGAGACCGUUUUGAACCGAGUCCCUCAGCCCGAGUACCGACAGCUGCUGGUGGAGGCCAUCCUGGUCCUCACCAUGCUGGCCGACGUGGAGAUCCAGAGCAUCGGCUCCAUCAUCCAUGUGGAGAAGAUCGUCCACCUGGCCAACGACAUGUUCUGCAAGGAUCAGACGGACCUGGGAGCCGAGGAGCACAUCCUGGAGAGGGACCCGUCCACCGGCGUGUGCAGGCUGCUGUAUGACAGCGCCCCAAGCGGCCGCUUCGGGAGCAUGACCUACCUCACCAAGGCCGUGGCCGUCUACGUGCAGGACUUCCUGCCCAGCGGCUCGUGUGCUGUGCAGUGAGAGGACGGUUUUUACAUGAACGUAAGAAUAAACUACCAGUGCAUUAAUAGGAUCCCAUCGUCAGCGUGUGUUACUGCAGAGUGUGUAGCGGAUCAGGUUGUGUUGUUGCAUUUCUGGGCUUUAUGUGGAAGUAGUCACCUGAUCAGACCUCAACAACGGACUCACAUGUGUUUGGUUUUGUUGGUAAUUCACGUUUUAGAGUGUUUUGGAGGAGCAUUCACACACUCGUACUGGAUCAGCACACCAGCUGUAGCCGUUACAUGAGCAUCAUCUUCUCAUUUUAAGACUGGUGGGAUCCUUUUCUUUUUGCUACAUUUUUCUCAACAGAAAUCACUCAUGCGUCUCCUAAAACAUCCCCAUGCCGCCUGUGGCACUGAAACUCUCUAAACAGGUCACAAAUAUAUAUAUAUAUAUAAAGGUUACAUCAGCUGAAGGUUUGAGCAAAUGCUACCAUCAUUGUGGUAAAUAGGUCACAGGAUCCAACUGUAAGUCACAGUUAAUCAAAUGAUUGGUCCUGAGCCCCAUCACAGCUGUGGAGAUAAAGUCGUUCUCAUCACACAGGAGAGCGUUAUUAGCUAUUUUAACAGUUUGAUAAGCUUGCUAUCACGUGGGAUUUAGUUUUCGUGGAUUAUUUUGCAUCACUUGGUGCACUGUCCAGUCGUGCACGUGCGUCAAAUAUGUAGCGCACGUGCUGCAGUGGGUUUGUCUGAAUGAAGCCGUGAGGAACAUUUAAAGUGUCUGAAUGCAGACACUUGAACAAAUUGACAAUCUUACAGAUUCUUUGUCUGAAAAGAAAGAUGGCGUAUGGAGCCAAAAUGAACAAAAGUGCACGUGUUCACCACUGUCAGGAGGGAACAUGUCGCUGGUAAACAUGUGUUUUUAAAUCGUGGUCAGUAGAGGCACAGAGGAAUGAGCUACACAGACAAUACUCUUCUAAUUCUGUUUUUUAAAGGGAUUUUCUGACAACAAGAAAAGAAAAAAUUUAACUUAAUUUCCGUCCUUUGCUCAUUGAUGAUGUUUUUUUUAAGGGAAGUAGCUCAAUGUUUUCAUUAAACCUGUGGAGAUGAAUGUAAUUUGAGCCUGAUUGUGUCAUAAAGCAGUUUCUUUAUAUGUGAACUAUCAUGAAGUUCCAGCCAGACGUCGUACAGUAAAUCCUAUCAUUGUUGUGUUCGUCACUGCUUCUGUACAUGUGUAACCACUGUAGACACCUGAAGCUUCAAAUAAUUCUUCCUGUUGAUCUAAUUUAUUGCCACGCAUGCUUCGAUUGUAGCUCACUCAUCCAGACUCACAUACCUCCCGUCCUACAUGCUGUACGAUGUAUAAAAUAAUUUACCAAAUAGAUAACCUAUCUACUAUUUAUUUUAUAGUUCUUAACCGAUAAUUAGCUCAAGUGUUUUAAAGGAGACGCGGCUGUUUAAUAGCCCGAACAAUCGAUGCACUUAUUAAAGUUUCCGUGUGAGUGAAACCACAGGAUUGCAGUUUUUAUUUUUAACUAUGCAAAAAUAGCAGAGUUUGGAAUUGUGUAGUCAUAAAAAAAACAACUUAUUUUGACACGUUUUUAGCUUUUGUUGUGCUAAUUGUGCAUGUAGUUGCUUCUGAACGUAGUGCAGUGACCAGAUGUUUAAUAGGAGCCUCUCAGUGCCUUAGGUUACCGCUGCCAUCGGCUAAACUGUGACAAACUCUUUGACACACAUCUGUUUUACAUUGUUUUGAACAUAUUUGACUGUUUAUUGGUUCAGCACAUGGAGAGAAAAGCGGGAAUAAACUGAAGGUAAUUCAAGAACAUACUUGAUCGUGCCUCUUAUUUAAAUGUACAACAGCCAGUCAGAUGUUUGGUGACAUUCAAACACACUCCAUGUGAACCACAAACCAUCCUGGCUGAAUGAGUCCACUGGGCAAACCUUUGGCUGUUUUUGUUGUUUUUGGAAAUAAUUCUGUAAUAAAACUGUAAAAAAUGUG